CUUGAAACCUCCGUCUUAGCGCACGUCUGUUACGCUACAAAGUUGCAAAGCAACAAGGGAGCAAGGGGAGGACCGCGUUGUCCACGUUUCCCAUGGCACUGGGCCCAUCGGAUUUGCUCCAGCCCAGCAGCCCAGCCAGCGCCAGCUCAAGGAAUGCUGGCACUUCCCCGUAGGAAUCCCCACGCUUAUCAGAUAAAGCAGCGGGAGCUUGUCUUGCCUCACAACAGCCCGGAUUGUCCAGCAAUCACUCCGGCAUUUUGACGUUGACUCGCUCACCUAUCUUUUCCCGGGCUUGACGUUUAUUUGUGCUGGCCAAGGGCCUUCCCUCCUCACCCGUCCAUGUUUCCCAGCCUGAAUGUGCACCAGUCCCAGGUAAUGGAGAGCAUCGCGGACUGCCAGCCCUACGUUGUCAUCUCAUCCUCCGUAUAGUCCGAACUCCGCCACCCCGUCAUAGCGACGAGCGGACUUGGUCUUCGCGUCCGACAACUGGGCCACAGCGCAGACUGCGCCUUCAUCGUGACCUGAAUUGGUGGUUUUGCGCUGCCGCCACAACCGCGCGCUGCCAAACGAAGAGUUUUUCUCGGCCUUGACAAACACCAUCCGGACCAUUUGCACCUCAGCUCGAGGUCUCACAGCCGUGGCACAGCCGAAAAUGACCGCCGACCAAGUGCGCCGGGUCUCGGUGGUGGACGAUGCGUACUCGCUCUCAACGACGCCGGACGACGAGGAGAGGCUGACAGCGCCCAACGAGAGCACAAGCCUGCUAUCUGCCAGCACCGCAAGCUCUUCUUACGCGGGAUCGGAGCACGGUGUCCAACCCGCCGACAAGGACAGCUGGGACGGAUUCGACGAGUUCAAAGGCCUUCCCUGGUACAAGCAGCCUUCUGUCUACUGGCUGCUUCCUCCGUAUGCCCUCUUCACCUUGGCCUUUGGUGGGUCCCUGGUGCCAAAGCUCAACCUUAUCAUCGCUCUCGUUUGCCAGCGUUACUUUUCCGAGCAGUCUGUGGGUGAUCCCACCUUCACCGUCACCCCCGUCGUGCUCGGCGGUGACAACCCCCAAUGUAACAAAGCUGAGGUCCAGCAACAUGUUGCGACAUUCAUGCUCGUCCUCAACGUCAUAGUAGGAGUCUUGAGCGCCUACACCACGCCCAAGAUCGGUUCGCUGUCCGACCGAUUCGGACGGAAGAAGUUGCUGGCCCUGACUUCUUUCGGCGGUGUCCUCGGCGAGCUUGUGACGAUAUUUACAGCCAGGUUUCCAGACGUCAUCCAUUACAGGUGGCUCAUACUAGGAGUCAUCUUCGACGGACUCGCCGGCUCUUUCACGGCCGGCUCCGUACUCAGUCACUCAUACACGAGUGAUUGUACACCUCCGUCGAAGCGUGGUGUGACCAUCGGAUACAUCCACGCAUGCCUUUUCAGCGGUCUGGCCUUCGGGCCCCUCAUUGCGGGUUAUUUCGUGAAGUGGACUGGAUCUCUACUCUCCCUCUUCUAUGUCACUCUCGGAUGCCACAUGAUCUUCAUCGCAUGUGUUAUCUUCAUCCUGCCCGAGUCGGUCUCGAAACGACGCCAACUACUGGCACGCGAGAAACAUCGGGCAGACCAGGUGACGCGCGCCCAGCGCACACGAGAAUGGGCGUCACAGUACUUGGCGAAGGGAGAGGGCGCGACCACUCGGCUGUGGUCAUGGCUUGCGUCGCCCAAGUACGCAAAUGCCGCGGCCUCGAUCCGGGCAGCGAAUCCCUUGGAGCCUCUCAAGGUAUUGGCCCCAAGGGGUCACGCAAACAAGCGCGUCAAACGGAACCUGAUCCUCCUCGCUGCCAUUGACACCGUCAUCCUCGGCGCGGCCAUGAGCUCAGGGCAGGUGACCCUGCUGUACAGCGAAUUCAUCUUCCACUGGGGCAACUUCGAGACGUCACGAUUCAUCUCCCUCGUCUCUCUUGUCCGAGUCGUCGUGCUGUUGACCUUGUUGCCCAUCAUCAAUUACAUCUUCCGCAUACGCCCGGCACAGAAGCGCCGCAGAGAAUCAGGUGCCAUUGCAGAACGAAGUGCCGGUGCGGAUGGUCUAGAUGUGUGGCUCCUGCGCCUGGCUAUCGUCUCCGAUAUCAUCGGGAUCACUGGGUAUAUAUUUGUGCGCACUGAGGCCCUCUUUGUGCUGAGCGGUGUAAUCACCGCUUUUGGCGGGGUGGGCUCCGCGACCAUCCAGGCCGCCUUGUCUAAGCAUGUCCCUGCGGAGACGAUCGGACAACUCCUCGGCGCGAUCGGCUUGCUUCAUGCACUGGCCAGAAUCGUCAGCCCGAUUGUAUUUAACGGCCUGUAUGCGGCGACAGUGAAGACCUUCCCGCAGGCCGUGUUUGUGCUUAUCAGCGGCAUCUUUACCGUGGUAUUGAUUUUGUCCAUAUUUGUGAAGCCUCAUGUCUACAUGACGAAGGCGGAUGAAGUCGAAGAAGAGAGGCCAGUACGGCCCAGUGUGCACCGGGAAGACACUCUGACCGAAGACGAGUUCGUGCCUCAGCUCUAGAGAGCUGGCUGCACGCGCGCCUCCCGUGUGCGAAGGCCGCCCAGGGCCUGCUCGCUUGUUCGGAUGCAUAUGAUAUACACUUUCCAUUUGUAACUGUAUUGUAUCUGUUUUAUACCAUCAAUCGUAACGGCCUGCGUCCAAGGGAUAGAGAUAGACAAGCGGCCAUAUGUGCUGAAUUAUGCCAGCGAUAUCCUAUUGAAGUAUGAUAUAAGUGCUCAAAUAUACACAAUGAAUACUUAAAUUCGAG